AAAAAAGCUGCUUUACAACGCCUGUGAUCAUUAAAAAUCUUCGAAAAAGGAGCUGCCGCAGUGCUUUGCAGGCGCAUCGAUCCCUCGGCCAUCGCAAUCCAUCGCUGCCGGCCAGGUUACAUCAAGUCCAGCGCCACCAGGAUGGGCGCCGCGAUAGAGAGAGAAGCGACGGCCGUCCUCAAGGACGCCGAACAACUGGCCAAGGUCGACACAAUUGAAGAACUCGUCGCAUUACUUAUCUUCACGGUGAUAGCGUUGACAGCAAUAUGGGUCCUCUACCGCCUCGACAGCGCGCCCGUCUGGGAGCUUGCGAAGGUCGACGAGUUCACGAAGGCCGUGGACGGCGACCGCGUGCUCUUCGCGGGGUCCUGGAACCCGCCGCACGCCGGCCACGUCGCUAUAUUAAGAGCGCUGGCCAGGCGCCACGGGCACGUCUACGCCUGCGUCGGCCACAACGCGAAGAAGACGUAUUUGGUGGAUGCCGAGCAGCGCACACAACUCGUGCGCGUUGUGGUGGACGCGGACCCCGUGCUGCGAAACAGGGUGACGGUCGUCGCGACCGCGGGCUACGUCUGGCGCGAGGCCAAGCGGCUGAAAUGCGCCGCGCUCUAUAGGGGUGUCCGGAGCUGGCGCGCGGACGGUUUCAGCGAGACGGUCCUGCACGUGCUGAACCUCGUGUGUGUGCUCGGUGUCCGUUCCUUCCCUUCGUGACGGUCGCGGCGACGGCGUCCGGGUGGGCUCUCCGCCGCCUCCACGCCAUCGACGCGGCCCGAUCUACACACGAGCCGGACGCGAGACCGAAACAACAAGAACACCACACAGGGGCCCGCUCGUCCUCGGCCCGUGCUUAAGACCGGUAGCGACGCGCUACCUCGCGGCCGACGCCGCGCACGGCGACUGCUCCUCCUCGGAAGUGCGCCGCCGCGUCGCGGCCCACGAGCCGCUCGAGGGCCUCGUGCCGCGCGCCAUCCGCGCCGACGUCAGGCGGCUCUACAAGCGCGGGGGCGACAAGGACGCCUGA